AUGUUCUUCACCGACCAGAUCCUUCUGAGCCCUACAUCCAAUGUCGUUUUGUCAUAUUUAGAUAGUGGCCCUCCCAGCUCCUCUGUAUCGAGCUACGAAACUAUUAUCCUCAUCCAUGGUAAUUCUUUCAGCAACGCUAUAUUCAAACGUCUCUUACCUCUGAACACACAGUACAAUAUACGUGUCGUGGCGCCAAGCCGACGAGGUUUCUCUGGCUCCACCCCGUUCACUCAGGAUGAGAAACUAUUUUUCACCGAAGACGAUGGCUCUCAAGCUUUUGCUACCGACGAGGCCAAGGCGAAAAUCCUAGAGCUUCGAGGCGUGGAGAUUUUACAGUUCAUCGAUGGCUUUAUUCAACGUUCUGGAAUUCCUCCGAUUCAAGACAACAGUCAGACGGUGGAUGGUAAUGGGAAGACCCGGAAAGGUGGACUAGCUAUCAUUGGCUGGUCUUUGGGGGCCACAUUUUCCCUUUCGGCGAUCGCGAACGUAGAUUCCUCGUUGGUCUCUAACGACAUGCGAGAUCGGGUUGGACAGUAUCUACGUGCUCAUAUCAUGUUAGAGCCCGCGCUCACGGGUCUUGGUCUUUCCAUUCCUCCAGAAACGUGGCUUGCGUUCCGCGAUCCCAACAUCCCUUACUCAGCUCGCGCACCGCUCUUCAGCCAUCUUAUCACAGGCUAUUACGACUACAGCCAAAAAACCUUGGCCAAUCGCGACCGUAUUGCCGCGCUAAAUACCAUCGUUCCAGGCAUCUCCCGAAUGCCUUCAAUCUACACUUUCACUGCAGAGGAACACGACGAGAACGUCAUUUUGACGCCAGAAUCCAGCAUCGAUCUGUACUUUUCAAAAGUUCUCCAACAUCAACUCCGAAAGACUUACUUGAAGGCGUGUUAUGAUGAAAAGCUACGAAUUAAUCCUGCGCUGAGGAAUAUGGUGACGGUAUGGGAAGUCAUCGGGGAUAAAUCUUACUCAUUCGUCUGGCCGACCUUUUGGGAGAUUGAGGACGAUGAUAUGAAGGCGGGAGAGGGAGAGAAAGGGAAAUUCAUACAAUCUAUGAUUAUAAAUGGCGUGAACCAUUUCAUGCAUUGGGAUGAGCCCGAGAAAACAAUGGGAGUAUUCAGACGGUUACUAGACGCAUCUUAA